AGCUACUGCUAUGGAGUCCAAUUGAUUGAUAGUCCCCGACAUGAUAAGGGAUACGUUCUAAUUACGUCCUCAACCGGAGUGCAAACUAGAAUCAGCGAAUCGGCUUCAAAAUGCAGUGACAAAUGCAAAGAUGUGAUCUUUUUACGCUUUUCAAGUUUUUUACAAAUGUCCCCAUGAUCGCUCCCUUCCUGGCUACCCAAAGGAACACUUGGAAGCCUUUGAUAACAAAACCCAGAGGAAAUUCUCCGCGAGGAUUCCCGACGAUAAGGUCCUCAAAACACGCUUGAGCAGGAAGCUGCCUUUCCGCAUUCCAGAAUGAGAGAAACCGGUGCGUGUCUGUCCGAGUGAGGCCCUCCCCUGGAAGUGGAGCCUGCCCGCAGGCAGAACUUUGCUACACGUGCCAUUAAUUCACUUUCCAUCCACUUGUGCCAGUUUAGUUUGGAACGGCCAUGAAGAGAAAAGUUCCUCACUCCUCCAAAUGGGCAGAGACCCGAUCUACUGUGGUCUACGCACUGCGUUCAGCCACGUUUAGCUCAUGGCGGAUGCUGACCCUGGGGGCCGAGUACGAGGACACCUGGGCCCUGGCGGGUGACAAGAGGCGUCCACUCCGACAACAGCCGAAGGAGUCUCCCGGGCGGGCGCCUGGCGCAGAUGUCGAACCUUCAUGGAAACACUGCGAGACCGCCAACACGACUAAGUAUGACAACGUCAUACAUUUGGAUGGAGCCAGCAGAGUGGGGGCCGGCGAGGGGUCGUGUCACAUUGUGCACAAGCACGAGAUGGAGACGAAGCCAUGUUGGCCAGACAGAAUGGCUCGUUUCACUGACGAUCUCCCCACCCGCUAUGGAGGAAGCGGCGGCGGCGGCGGCGGCGGUGGCGGCGCAGGAGCAGCAGCAGGAGGAGGGAGAGGAGCGCCGGGUGCGGGAAGAGGGGGAGCCCGCGGUGGAGGCGCUCCGAGCGGCCAGAGGAUGUACAAGCAGUCGAUGGCCCAAAGGGCCCGGACGAUGGCCAUUUACAACCCCAACCCCGUCAAGCAAAAUUGCUUGACUGUCAACCGCUCCCUCUUCAUCUUCCGGGAGGACAACCUGAUCAGGAAGUAUGCCAAACGUAUAACGGAGUGGCCAUAUCCUUUGCGAACGUACCGCACCGAGUCUGUGCAACAUCACCACUCAGUAGAAAUCUACAAGCAUGCGGGCCUUUAAAAAAAAAAAUCCGAAUAAUGCUCUCUAGAAUAAAAGUCGCCUCCCAUGUGUCGCCCCCCCCCCCCCGUCC